GUUGUGGAGAAAGCUGCAGUUAACUGACGUAUUGUGAACAUAUUCUAGUUUUGACACAUACAAACAACAUAAAGUACAUAUAUUUAGCUGCUGGUGAAACAGCUUUCUGUAGUCAGGUGUCAUGAUGACCACCAUCGUCCAUGACACCACUGAGGCGGUGUGUCUGUGUCAGGAGUACAACCUGUUCCUGAAACCAAUCGCCAAGAUGACUGUGAGUGUGGCACUGCCCCAGCUGAAGCUGCCUGGCAAGAGCAUCUCUAACUGGGAGGUGAUGGAGAGGUUGAAGGCAAUGGUAGCUCCUGAACAGUUCUCUGCCCUCAGGAUCUCUAAGAGCACCAUGGACUUCAUCCGUUUUGAGGGCGAAGUGGAGAACAGAGGGGUGGUGAAGAUCCUGCUGGCCAAACUGGACGGGAAGAGCAUCAAACUCAGCGGCUUCACUGACAUACUCAAGGUGCGUGCGGUAGAGAAUAAGAUGGACUUCCCGACACGUUAUGAUUGGGACUCAUUCUUCCGUGACGCCAAGGACAUGAACGAUACUGUUCCAGGGGAGAGGCCAGACACCAUCCACCUGGAGGGCCUGCCCUGUCGCUGGUUUAUCCUGCCUGACGGACCCCCCGACCGGCCCUCCGAGACCGCCCUGCAGGCUGUCUUCCAGGGUUUUGGUCCGGUGCGUCACGUGGACAUCCCCAUGCUGGACCCGUACAGAGAGGAGACUCUUGAUAAGAACUUCAACACCUUCACCUUCGGCGGCCAUCUUAACUUUGAGGCGUACGUCCAGUACCAGGAGUACGAUGGCUUCGCCAAGGCCAUGGACACACUGAGAGGCAUGAAGCUCAUGUACAAAGGAGAGGACGGCAAGGCUGUGGCCUGCAACAUCAAGGUGACCUUUGACACCAGUAAGCACCUGAGUGACAUGGCUCUGAAGAGACGCCAGCAGGAACGACUGAGAAUACAGGAGCUGGAGAGACAGAGGGAGGAGCAGAAACGCAGAGAGAAGGAGGAGGAGGAACGCAAGGAGGAGGAGAGGAAACACAAAGAGGCGGAGGAGGAGGAAAAGGUGCAGAGGAAAGCAGAGAGGAUACGGAAACGAGAGCAGAAGCUGAGAGAGAGGGAGGAGAAGAGGAACAUAAAGAAGGUGAAGAGGAGGCAGGAGGUGGAGCAGAAGAAGUUGCAGUUGAAGAUCACGACGGAGGAGAGAAGGCUGUUGUUGGCUCAGAGGAAACUGGAGUCUAUACGCCUUAUCGCUGAACUACUGAGCAGGGCCAAGUUUCUGAAACAGCAGCAGCAGGAGAAAGAGAGAGCGGAAAGAGAGGAGCAAGAGAAGGAGGAGUUAGCCAGGCAAAAGGAGGAGUUAGCCCGGCAGAAGCAGAUGGAGGCCUGCAGGCGGGAGCAGGAGGCGGAGCUGAGACGUGUGGAGUUAGAGAAGGGGCGUGCCUUGGAUCUGCAGCGCAGAGAGAGAGAGCUGAGGGAGAGACUGGUUGGUAACCUGCUGAAGAAGGCUGGAGGAGAGGGAGAGAACCAGACCUCCACCACCCAGCCCUCUGCCCUGACCAUGCCCAGGGGAGACAGCUCCGACCUGGGGAAGACGGCCAGGGCCCUGGGGGUGAACGUGGUUAGACCAAGGGGAGAGGAGAGCCCCAGAGCUACCGUACGAUCACACGUCACUGAGAAACAGAUAGUAGAGAGGGAGGAGAGGCGAGGAGAAUGGGAGGAGAGGCAAGGGGGCAGAGAGGACAGGGAAGGAGGCAUGGAGGAGAGAAGAGGUUAUGGGUUGAGAAGCAGAGAGGUGCGGGAGAGGAGUCGGUCCCACAGCCGGGGCAGGAGGUGGUACAGCCAGAGACGCAGCGGUAGCAGGAGAAGAAGAAGCUCUAGUAGAAAGAGGAGUGGUAGUCAGAGGAGAAGGAGAAGUGAUAGCAGACGGAGGAGAAGUGGUAGUUCUAAGAAGAGGAGCAGCUAUAGCAGGAGGAGGAGUGGAAGUUGUAUCCACAAGAGACGCAGUCACCAUGGACGGGGCAGCAGGAGCACCAGCCGUGAUUGGAGCAGAAGCUCUAGUGGGAGGAGCCACAGCAGAGGGAGGAGGACACAUAGACAUAGUCGACAUAGAGACAGCAGGCGCAGAUCUAGUAGCAGCAGCUCUAGGAGUAGAGAGAGGAGCAGGGAGAAAGACAGGAGCAGGGAGAAGGAGAGGAGUGGAGACAGGAGCAGCGAUAGAGACAGGGACUCCAGGAGGCGUAGUAGUAGUUAUUCCAGACGACACUAAACGGUCAACACAGCCAGAGGAGACAGAAGAGGACCCUAUGCCUGGGCCUAGUUUUAGUAAUGCACGGUCAGGGGAUCUGGUUCCAUAUGCUGCUGCCCACUAUCUCUGGACCAUAUCAGGCUUCUUACAGUCUCCACAUACACACCUCUCUUUCUCUCCCUCCACCAAUGCUCUUCGUUCAUCUGUAGGUUACAGAAUGCUACACUGCUAUUAUGUUCUGUUUGACACAUGUAGUGUAGAUGCCAUAUGUGCUGUAGUUUGAUCACUUGGUUAGUAUGUGUCUCCUUUGAGGAAAGAUAGAAAAAAUACUUAAACUUUUUAGGGUCACAGUGAAUGGCCUGUAGUGUUUCAGAAGAACAAUAUUACUGGGUUUCUGGGAACUGUAGUUCAAUAUUAGACACUUCCGCAGGGAUCUGUAGUCCUAUGGCCAGACACCACACAGUCUAGUGCAGUAGAUAGAUAGAUAGAUAGAUAGAUAGAUAGAUAGAUAGAUAGAUAGAUAGAUAGAUAGACAGCUGUAGUCUAAAUCAAGUGUUUUACCCCAGGAAAAAGAGAACGAAGCCAAAGACAAUCAGACUAAAAUAUGUCCAACAGCUUAACCAGACACACGUUUCCGAGUUUCACGUCUAACCACCAGACUAGACAGUAGUUUCAGUUCUAACUUGAUGUCACUAGAACAUAAAGUGGUUCUGUGAGAUUUAAAGAUGUCUGCAGUGUUCUGGUGAGAGAGAAUUUUAGGUGACUCUGUUUUAAAGCACCCACCCCAGACUGAAGCCUGGUGUCACCAUGUUCAUUUUUUGAAUGGUGUUCCUGCUAGUUCAAGCCAGGAGCCUGCCUGUCUGUGUACAUUUAAUUUGCCUUAUUGAUGAGUGUGUGAGUGGGUAACGUUGUAUAAAGGUUCAGGGUGUCGUCAAUCUGCUGUAUAUGCUCAUGUUUCUCUGUUCUGAUGGGUGGCUGCAUGUCCUCAACACACUGUCAUUUUAUUUGUUGAAAUAAAGAAAGGACAGAAAAGAUGUGAUUUAUUUUGGAUGAAUAUUCUGAUUGAAUGUAUGGAUAACUUAAUGCCUACUAUAUCAUUCCUUCUAAACAUCAUUUCAUUAUUCUAGCUAAUCUGUGGUUCUAUUACAAACUGAAGUUUUUUUGUGCGUAGUUAUAGUAGUGGGUGUUAAAGCAGGCCCCAGUGUAAUGACAGUGAAACAGAAUGAGGUGUGUGUGUGUAGUGUUUAUCAAGGUCCCAGUGUAUUGAGGUCUGAGCCCCUGACUGUAAUCUGGGUUAUUUGACUAAUCUGAUUAUUCUGCUCCGACUGGGGCUGCACUCACACACACACACACACACAAGACAUAUGGGCUAUCCGAUUAUACCUGAGACUGAGGCAGCAGUGGUCAUUAAUAUUACUCCCUCAGUCGUUUGCACUGCCACACAUUUACAAGAGCUUUUGGCUGUUUCACUACAACACACACGAGGACUAGCAGCAGUAGCAGAACCAGGAUCGACUUGUGACCAACUCAUUCAGGACACACUCCUAAAGGACUCAUACGGAUCUCUGUUGACAACAGGAGGCCUCGCAGGAACACUGUCUCAUACAGCGACAGACACAAACCUACGCUGGUCAAGCAGAGGUGUCUAGUGAGAGGCUGAGGGACCAGGGAAGACUUUUCUAAUGGAGCCAGCUGGUACUACUGCUGCUGCUGCUGCUGCUGCCUACCCCCGGAAGAUUCUGGACUAUAUGGAAGGCUUUCUGGUCUCUAAGACCCUGUUCACAGCCUGUGAGCUGGGUGUGUUUGACCUGCUGGCCUCGUCACAGCACCCCCUGUCUCUAGAGGAGGUAGCACUGGGAAUCAGGGCCAGCCAGGACGGGACUGAGAGGCUCCUGGCAGCCUGCACCGGGCUGGACCUACUCAAUACACACACACUG